UCCAGUUCUUGUUGUGGUAAGUAACAACUUAAAAUGAGAGGAAGCCAUCACUUCCAAAGGGAAGUGCUGACAUAUUCAGUGAUGGUGGGUAUGCAAUUCUCCACGGUUGGGAUAAACACACUCUUCAAAGCCGCAACAAUGGAGGGCAUGAGCCCUUACGUCUCUGUCGCCUAUAGCUAUGGAAUCGCCUCUCUUCUCCUUCUCCUUCCUACUCUCUUUUCCCACAGUUCAUCACCAAGAGCUGUUGACGUUCCUCCCCUGACCAUACCAAUCUUGUGCAGAAUCGGCCUUCUGGCACUCGCAGGAAGCUCGUCCCGGCUGACAGGCUUCACGGGCCUUUAUUACAGUUCCCCAACCCUGUCGUCCGCCAUUGGCAACCUCUGUCCAGCUUUUACAUUCAUACUUGCCGUCAUGUUUGGGAUGGAGGCAGUUGCGAUGGGAAGAAGAUCCAGCCAGGCCAAAAUAUUGGGCACAACUGUGUCAAUAGCAGGCGCAUUCGUCAUAACAUUUUACCAAGGUCCGCCGAUCUGUAUCACCCCGUCGGCAUCAUCAUCUCCACUCGACCAUUCUCUUGUUCAUUCCACAGCAGCACAAAACUGGGUUCUUGGUGGCAGUUUGAUCACUCUGCAUUAUGCACUGGGUACUUUGUGGACGAUUCUCAUGACACAGAUAAUGAGUGACUACCCUUCAGAGCUCACAGUAAUCUUCAUCUACAACACAUUUGUAAGCAUUAUAAGUGCAGUUGUUGCUUUGUUUGCUGAAGGAACAUCCUCGAGUGCUUGGAUAAUGAGCUCAAACACCGCACUAGCCUCAGUCAUUUGCACAGGGGUGUUUGGAUCGUGCUUGAACAAUGCCGCUGAAGCAUGGGUGCUGCCGAUAAAGGGACCCGUUUUUGCUAACAUGUUCCUUCCGUUUGGAAUGGUGAUCGCUGUCGCCAUGGGCGUAAUGCUGCUAGGUGAUACUCUGCAUCUUGGAAGUCUCCUCGGAGGGACAGCCAUAUCCAUCGGCUUCUACAUGUUCAUGUGGGGAAAGGUGAAAGACCAAAACGAUGAUGGCACCGCAAAAACAGAGCAGAAUGCCGAUGACCAUAGUAGCAGCAGCAAUGCAGAUAAGGCUCCAUUACUAUAAGCUACCUAGGAACAGAUCGAGGCAGUUUAUGGCGGACUAAAGUUUGCCUGAGUUUCAACAUUUCCCCCCAUCUGCAUUGAUCCUAUGAGCACGAUGCUACGAUGUAGAAUCUUCCAUAAAGAGACAGAGUGGGACUCUAUCCAAUCUUUAAAUUUUCUUAAAACCGAUUCUUUCUGCAUCAGGGAGUGUUCGGAUCGUGCUUGGGCAAUGCAGCAAGAAGCAUGGAUGCUGCCGAUAAAGGGACCUGUGUACGUUGCAAUGUUCACUCCAUUUGCUAUUGUGUUGUCCGUUGCCAUGGAUGUGAUGCUGCUUGGUGAAACUCUUCAUAUAGGAAGUCUCAUUGGAGCGGUGGCAAUAUCAAUCGGCUUCUACAUGUUGAUGUGGGGAAAGGCCAAAGAAGAGGCUCAGAGUGAUGUCGUUGCAAACGCAGAGAUACAUCCCAACGAUGACAGCAACAGUAGCAGUAGUACAGAGAAGGUUCCUCUGUUAUCGCAGAACCAUGCAAUGGGGCCGGUUUAGGGCGGAUCAUCAUGCAUUCGUUUAAUUAGAGGCAAACAUGUACAUGGGUCGUUUGAGUGGACGGUUUAGAUGUUAGUUAAUAUGGUACUAACUCCUAUGAGGUUAGUAAUAUGUUGAAAUGAUUACCACAAAUAACAUCUGAC